GGGGUUGAACGCAAAAUGUUCUAGCAACCGGCUGAAUUCCAUCCGCACAUACGUGUCCUCUUUAGAGUUUAGACUCGUCCCCUCGCCCCUCUUCCCAAUAUACAGUUGUUAGGCUUGGAGUGUAUGAAGGAGAACCUAGAGCCACACUGCAGCAAACCACAUUUUUGAGCAAUGAACCAAGAGAGCAAGAUUGAGCCUGUGUUCCGGUAGAAACCAAGAGAGCACGAUUGAUUGGCUCUGCCGGCUGCCGAGGCCUCGUUCCCCGCCGCUGCCACCUUCGGAAGCACGUCCAGCGGCGCAGUUGUCUUUGGAUCGAGAUCGCGAUCUCAUGCCCGGUGAGAGGUGACCAUCAACAAUAGAAGAUCGAGUGAGCCAUGGAUCUCGCCAUGGGGACCAUGGGCUCCCUCCUCCCCAAGCUGCUCGAGGUCAUCAAGGACGAGUACAACCUACAGAAGGAAUUUAAGGAAAAGGUCAAGUCCUGCUGUACUGAGCUAAAAGCUAUGCAAGCUGCCCUUGGCAAGGUGGCAGAGGUGCCGCGGGAUCAACUCGAUUCCGAGACCAAGGGUUGGGCUGACCAAGUUAGAGAGCUGUCUUACGAAAUGGAGGACGUCAUCGACUCUCUCCUGGUGCGUGUUGUGGGCUGUGACUCUAACCCCAAUGAUCAUCAGAACAGGCUCAAGAAGCUCUGGGUCAGCUUCAGGGAUCUGUUUAAAAAGGGCAAGGAUAAACAUAGGAUUUCCACAGAUGUCAAAGAGAUUGAGAAGCAGUUGCAAAAAGUCGCCAUCCAACACGAAAGGUAUAAAACUACUAAUCUACCUGCAGUCACAAGGGACCCCCUUAAUCCUCUCUUGGAGGUUCUCUAUGGAGAUAAGAAGAAUAUCAUCGGCCUAGAGGAAGCAAGGAACGAUAUUAUCAAGAAGAUCACCGAGGGGGACUGUAAGAAACUCAAGACACUCUCUAUUGUUGGAUUUGGAGGAUUGGGAAAGACUACGCUUGCCAAAGAAGUAUAUGAUGCCCUUGCAACAAAAUUUGAACACAAAGCAAUUGUGUCUGUGUCUCGGAAUCCCGACAUACAGAAAGUAUUAAGCGAUCUUCUCUUUAAACUUGACCAGAAAAUACAUGCUAGUCAUAAUGCAGCAAACUUGGACGUUGAGCAGCUCACCUUCCUAAUCAGAGGAUUACUUAGCAACAAAAGGUACUUUAUAAUUAUCGAUGAUUUAUGGGAUAAAAAAGCAUGGAAAGAAAUCAGGUAUGCACUUGAGGACAAUGAGUGUGGAAGUAUAAUAAUCACUACAACCCGCCAUGUUGAGAUCUCUGAAGAAUGUUGCCCUUCUAAAGAUUAUAUGAUUCAUAAGAUGAAAUCUCUCUCUGAUGAUGACUCGCAAAAACUUUUCUAUGGAAGAAUAUUUCCAAGUGAGGUGCGUCCUUCUCGGUUUGAGCAAGUAUCCAAAGAGAUCUUGAAGAAAUGUGCAGGGGUACCAUUAGCCAUCAUUAGUCUGGCUAGUUAUUUGGCUAACAAUCAGAACAGAGAUCGAAUUGAUAAAUGGAAAGAUUUGCUCAAUUCCAUUGGCAGUGGACUUCAAAAUGGUGAUGAUCAUGUGGACGAGAUGAAGAGGAUAUUAUUAUUGAGUUAUUACGACCUCCCUUCCUAUUUGAAAACAUGCUUUUUAUAUCUAAGUAUCUUUCCUGAAGAUCAUCAAAUUAGCAGAGACCGGUUGAUAAGGAGAUGGAUUUGUGAAGGUUUUAUCCAAGUAAAAGGUCAAACCAGUCUGCUUGAGCUUGGAGAUGCCUACUUCAACGAGUUAGUAAACAGGAACAUGAUCAUGCCGAUAAGCAUACAUGAUGGUAGGGUUGAAGCUUGUUGUGUACAUGAUAUAAUGCUGGAUCUUAUAUGUGAAUUAUCAAGCCAAGAAAACUUUGUUACUGUACUGGAUUUUAUCAAGGGAGACACACCUUUGGAAAAGAAGUUCCGCAGGUUGUCCCUCCAAAAGGGCAUGACAGAUCCCACCACUACUCGGAAGGCUACCACAAACAUGUCACAAGUGAGGUCUUUUACCGCUUUUAGUCCUGCUGUCAGUAAGAUUCCCUCUCUUUCUAGAUUUCAAGCUUUGCGUGUAUUGGAUCUGGAAGGUUGUGAUCUUGGAGGAAGUCCUGGUGUUGACCUUAGGCCUGUUGAGAACUUGUUACAUUUGAGAUACCUAGGGUUAAGGGGUACAAAUGUUGGCAACCUCUCGAUGGAAAUGGCAAAGCUACAGUUUUUGCAGACACUAGACUUGCAACGAACCAAUUCGAAUGAAUUGCCCUCCAGUGUUGUUCAGCUGGGGCAUUUGAUGUGCCUAAUCCUUGAUAAAGGCAUGCCACUGCCAGAAGGGUUCAGGAACCUGACAUGCCUUGAACAGCUGACAGGAGAUGGGGUGGGCAUUUUUUCUGCAGACAGCGCAAAAGAGCUGGGUGAUCUGAUCAGGCUAAGGGAGCUCGCCUUUAAGUGGGAUUCAAGGAGAAAAAAUCCUAGACGAUUAUUUCCGAAGCCGGACGAUCUAAGGAGAACUGAUGAACCUUUGACUCAUUUCAUAUAUGGUAGUCUGAGAGAAAAUAUAGGUGUGCUUGAUUCCCUAGACAAACACCUGACAAUUGAUAAGGCUUUGAUUGAAUCCCUAGGCAAUCUGCCAGAACUCAGGAGUCUGGAGAUCACCUCUACUGGUCCUUGGGAUGCCAACCUUAUGCAGGAUUGGGUGCCCUCUCCAAACCUCUGCAGGUUUAAAUAUGACGGACUUCUUGAGAGCUUGCCUGCAAAGAUUUGUUCUUCGUCACUUCCCCAACUCUCCAACCUAUAUCUUCAUGUCAAUAAAGUGCGCCCAGAGGAUAUCCAGAUCCUUGGGAUGCUGCCAGCUCUCCAUUAUGUCACCCUCAUGUCCGAUCUAGGCGAUGGCAAGAACACAGUGGAACAGUUGGUGCUUGGUGCCGCUGCCUUCCCCAGAGUGAGAGUGUGCCUUUUCCGUGAUCUUCUACUGGUGCACCCUACCUUCCAACUAGGAGCUAUGCCAAUGGUGCAACGCCUUCGCUUCGGUCUCCGAGUGAAUGACAUCCUCAGCCAUGACUUCGAUUUGAGCAUACGGAACCUUCCUUCACUCAAGCAACUCAGAAUUGACCUUCUGAAUAAGGAAGUCGGCCCUGAAGAUUAUUCCCAAGCCGUGAACGUGCUGAGGUGUGUGGCGAACGACCAUCCCAAAAAUCCCACCGUUCAUGCUGAUAAAUACUUCCGAAUGACAUGAUGGAGAGGCUGAGUUGAGCCGAGCGAUCAACAAAUCCUGUGUCAAGCUACCAGGAGGUGAUUCCAUCGGCAUCGACUCUCUAUCGUGCAAGCCUCCAUCUUCCAACCACGUAUGCAUGUUCAAUUCAUGUUUCUUCUAUGUCAUCGAGUGCAACUUCUGUGUGCUUUCGCCUGUACUGUUUAUUUGGUGAACCAUCUAAUUUGCUCAGUGUGUAAGAAGGCGAGUUUGGUGGUGUGCCAGGUUUUUUGUCCCUUAGGUUAUGUUCCCAGCCAAUGUAACUAGAGGGUUUUCCUGGUGUGCGUCGAACUCAGCGAACCUAUUUCCCUUUCUAUUGUUGUGUUGAAUACUGUCUACAUUCUUGUAAGAUAAAAUUGCGUGAUCUUCUAUUAUGUUCUCGCUUUCUUCGGUUAAGGAACCAUUA